UUUCCCCAUGAUUGGACAGGUGUUACUGAUUUCUGGAAGGAAGACCGCAGAGGUGCCAUUCAUAUCACAUGGUAUCAAAGGUAUAUACCAUCAUCAUGACUUAUUGUCGAUACUGAACUUCAGCACCUGGCUGAGGUAGGGUCUGUUAGGUUUUCCCACUGUAAAGUAAUACAUUUUUAAAGAGGCUACAUUAAGGUAAAUUUAUGAGCAUUACACUAAAAGAAAAAAAUAUUCGGAGCAGAUUCCUCAGCACUGCUAUUAGUUUCCAUUAAAAGAAUGCUAACAAAUACUAUGAAGAAAAAAAAUAUAAAAUGAACUGGAACGUUGAAGUGGGAAAAUAAAACUCCAAAAUAGUGUUAGCCUGAAUAUUCACUUAAUGGAGGUGAAAGUGAACUUUUUCCCUGGAACUAUCUUCAUCCUCUAUCCCCUUGUGUAGUGAAGAUUUUAGUGGUACUAGUGGUCAGAGGUAACCUAAAUCAAUGAUCAUUUUGCUGAGUACUUUUCUAUAUUGCCGUCCACUGAACAAUGAACACUGAAUACUGGAAUAAUGUAAAAAACCUGAAUUUUCCCUCUUGCUUUAACCUAUUUGUCAUAAAUAAUGUUUAUUGUAUAUGAUUUUAGGAUGUUGUUAAAUAUUAAAAAUAAUUUCAAUGUGCUUGGUUCUGUAAAAUUUAUCAUAUUGAACGUGUCUAAUUUUUUGCUACCAUGUUCGCUAUACUUAAUAAUCUAUAUCCAUAUAUUGGACUUCACCAAUAUUUAUUAGUGGACCACAGAGACUUUUUGAAUGCAUGAAUACAACUUGAGACACCAUCUUUGGUUAUUCUGAAAUGCCAGAAUAUCUGUAGGUACUUACAAGUUGAAUAGAUAAUCCAGAUUAUUUUUCUUCCACUUAAAUUGUUUUGGAUUUUUAUGCCCCCUAUUUUAUUAUUUACUUAUGUACACUAACAGACUUCCUGAAAAUGCUAGAAUUUUCAACUUGUAAUGGAAUUUGAGCAUGACAGUAAUGUAAGAAAAUUCAAAAAUCUCAAACUAAGUAUAUCUAUUUGAGUUUUCAAAGUAAGUCAAACUACAGCUGUUUUCAUUUGACUAUAUUGUGGAAAUCUAUAGAUAUUAUUGUAAAAUGCACAUGCAUUACACUGACUUCUUAAAAAUGUUUUGAAUUAAUAAAGAGAUCACCAAUGUAUCAUUAGAGAAAAGUUACUGUUUUUUCAUUGGUGUAAUACAGUAGGAGUAAGGGUACUCUUGUAUUUUUUAACUUGCUCACACAUCCAAGGUAAAAUAAUUUCUGGCUGGAUUCUUUCCGCUGGUCUCUAAGUUUAUUGCAUAUUACAUCUUUGCACCUUUUAUAAAUAAUAAAAGUACAUUCUUGAAAUGACUUGAGAAUUCAGCUGAGAUUUGAGUUCGAAUAGCUCCCACCAUUUCUAUGCUUUAAAAAAUAUUCAAAGUUGAGUUUAGACUUGGGAAAUAACUGUUCCUAAAAGAGAUACAGUCAACCUAAUCAGUCCAGUUCUAUACUCGGAUGAGAAUUUUUAAAAUUGGGUACCAAUCACCAUUUUAAAGCAAAACAAUUUUAUAAAGUAGUGUGGCUUUAAUACACAUUCAAAGCGAAAGAAAAUUUGAGUUAAUUUGAAAUUUCUAAGUAGUGAAACCUAUUUUGGCUUUAUACUAUCUGGAGAGUCAGCUCAUUCUUCUACUUCACUUUCCCUUUAUAUGUAGAGCAAAGAAAUGAAUAGAGUCAAUAGAGUCAAUACAAAUUCAUUUUAUAAGAAUUUUAUACUUAACCUCAAUAAUGUUGAUUGGAUGACUUAACUUUGUUAAGGGCUUCCGUAUUUUACUAUUUUUAAAAAAUAAUAAAUUAGAAGAUUUUUCAGUAGGUCAGUUCUCUGUACAGUUAAAAAACCACGUGAAAGCCCUUCCUCAGCUAGUUAGGUAGUGAGAGUUCUCAGGUUGAGCUUUCAGCCCGUGCAUCCCCAGCCCUGUCUUAGUUGUUUUAUUCUCAUAUAUAUUCCUCUGAUGAGCUAUGAAAAGAUCUUUUGAAAAAUGCGAAAGCAUUAUACCAAUAAAUGUCAGUAUUUCUUGCACUAAGCCACUAUCAGAAGUUUGGGCUACCGGCGACGGGGCUCUGAAGAUUUUUCUUGGCUGUGCUAAGUUGGAACAUGGAAUGGCUCAACCUCUUUAAAAAAGUAGCUGGGUAACAAGCAAUAAGUGGGAAUGGGCGGAAAACUGUGUGUGGAAGAAAGUCGCUGAAAAGUAGGUAAAUUAAAUGGACGAUAAAGGGCAGGAAAGCAGAUUUUGGCAAAUCACUCUGUUUGCUUUCGAGUCCGCUUACCACAUCUUCGUUAAAUGCGAGCCUUAGCCACCGCCGAAAAGUAAAACAUGAACAGGAAAAAUGCAAGAGGAGUUAACACAUAUACACACUGAUGACCAUCCUACAAUUCGCUCUUGGAGACGACAGUCCAGGCUGGCACUGGAGAGAGUAUCCGUGCCUUGACCUCGGCCCCCGUAGCGGACACUAGACUGCCCUUCAUUGCGAUACUUGAGCUCCUGAGUGCUUGGGAAACAAACCAUCGCCGUCAGAAAACGUAAAGGCAAUCUAUCGCUUUCCCCUUCCAGCCCAACAUUCCGAACCGGCUCAUUUCAAGAAGGAACGUCUGACCCAGCCUUGUAAAGGCGGUGCACACGGUCUCUCGGACACGCCCCUACCACUUUCUGUUAGGCCCCCUCAAGUUCCGACCUCCGGGAACAAAGCGGCGUUUAACGAUGCCUGACCCGGAAGUUUAACCAGACUUCCGGGAGGUCCCUUCGGACAAGCGCGUGUGCUGGGCGGGGCUCGGCUAGGUCCCGCCCCUAUCUCCAAGCUGCGAGGUGUCGCGAGACUUGCUCUGUCCGGAACUUCCGGUUAUCGUCGCCCUCGGCCAUCGGCUUUAGGGAUGCGGUCUCGGCUUCUUUUGAGUGCUGUUCGGGGCCUUUGGGCCCACCGGGCUGUUGGCCCGGCCCGCCGACACAUGAGCUGCGGGAGCCUUCCGCUGGAGGAGCUGUUCGCCCGCAGCGGACCCCUGCGGACCUUCCUCGAGCGCCAGGUAGGGUCUGAAACCCCGUUGCAGGUCAGAGGGCCUGAGCUGGUGGCGGUGGCCAAGCUUCUGACAGAGAAGGAGCGGGAGCUGCAGGAGACCGAGCACUUGCUGCACGAUGAAAGUGAAGACUUAAGGAAACUUGCAGAGAAUGAAAUAAUUUCGUGUCAAAAAGAAAUAGCUCAAUUGAAACAUCAGAUCGUCUUACUUUUGGUUCCCUCAGAAGAAGCAGAUGAAAAUGACUUGAUCCUGGAGGUAACUGCAGGAGUUGGGGGUCAGGAGGCAAUGCUGUUUACUUCAGAGAUAUUUGAUAUGUAUCAGCAGUAUGCUGCAUUUAAAAGAUGGCAUUUUGAAAUCCUGGAAUAUUUUCCUAGUGAAAUAGGUGGCCUUAGACAUGCAUCUGCCAGCAUUGGGGGUUCAGAAGCCUAUAAGCACAUGAAGUUUGAAGGAGGUGUGCACAGAGUACAGAGAGUGCCAAAGACGGAGAAGCAAGGCCGCAUCCACACCAGCACCAUGACUGUUGCAAUCCUGCCCCAACCCACUGAGAUUAAUCUGGUGAUUAAUCCUAAAGAUUUGAGGAUUGAUACUAAGCGAGCCAGUGGAGCUGGGGGGCAGCACGUAAACACCACAGACAGCGCCGUCCGGAUAGUUCAUCUUCCCACAGGAAGAAGAAAAAGGAUGAGAAGGAAAAGGAGUAUUCCUUGAUAAUAAAUGAAGCUUUUCCUACUAAAACUUUUUAAUUCUCAUAACACUAUUCAGGUGUUGUUUCCGAAUGCCAGCAGGAGAGAUCUCA